UUUGUUAAAACUCAGUGACCGGAUAAGACUUGAGCAGACACUAAACCCUAACAGAGCCAAGGUUUUUCUUUUCUGUGAAGAUGGCAUCCAUUUCAUCAUCACCAUGUCUAUUUUCUACGGAUUUAUUCCAGAGUCGUUCAUUGAAACCCACUUCGCUCUCAUGGUCUUCUUCAUUUCCCGAUAUCAACAUUUCUACCAAUUCAAUCACAAACCCUUCUCUUCCUUCUCUCAACAAGUGUUUAGUGGUUCAAGCUGCCUGGACCCGGAGAUCUCGAAGUGAAGCCGCAAAAAGACCAAGCAGGAAAUCAUGGAAGCAAAAGACCGAUAUGUAUAUGAGGCCAUUCUUACUAAAUGUUUUCUUUUCAAAGCGAUUUAUCCAUGCAAAAGUAAUGCACCGGCCAACCAGCAAAGUGAUAUCAGUUGCUACCACAAAUUCCAAGGAUUUGAGGAAUACAUUGUCAUCACUCACUGAUCAUAAUGCAUGUAGAGUUAUAGGGAAGCUGAUUGCAGAGAGAUCAAUGGAAGCUGAUGUGUUUGCCAUGUCCUAUGAGCCCAGAAAGGAUGAGAGAAUUGAGGGUAAGCUUGGGAUUGUUCUUGAUACCAUUAAGGAGAAUGGGAUCAUAUUUGUCUAAAACUAGAUUUAUUACUAUAGCUUUUGUUAUCUAAAAUGAAACAGACAAAAAAAUUGGAAUGAGAGGAUUUAUGAUCAAUCAAUCCUCUUGAUGUAUGUUGAAUGGAAUUUUCUAUGCUUUGGACUGUGUACCUUCCCUCAUAUCUGAAUAUAUCUGUGUCCUUUGCCUUUUCUUUUUUC